GAGCGCAGAUCCCGGCGUGGGGCGGGGGUGGGCAACGAGCGGGAGCCGUCAGAGAUUUAGCCUGAGGAGCUUCAGGUGAUGUUGAAUGUGAAGAGUUUGUUGGGGUUGCUCCCCAGGGGAAGAGCCCGGGAUGGGUGCGGGCAGUCGUGCUGUGGCCAUUCCUCGGGGGGUCUCGCUGGGAGCUGCCACGCUCCUCAGUCGCGACCUCCGAGACCUUCGCCACGCGUUUCCAUGAUGUUUGUGCAGUGCACGCAGAAGUGUGUGAGCUCUGUGCUGCUGAUCGCGCUGCUGUGCUGCAUCCUUUCUCCUCCAGCGCAAGCCAGCAAGAGCUCGGAGGACAUCCGCUGCAAGUGCAUCUGUCCCCCAUACCGGAACAUCAGUGGGCACAUUUACAACAAGAAUGUGUCGCAGAAGGACUGCAACUGCCUGCAUGUUGUGGAGCCGAUGCCGGUGCCGGGGAAUGAUGUGGAGGCCUACUGCCUGCUCUGUGAGUGCAAGUAUGAGGAGCGCAGCACCACCACCAUCAAGGUGAUCAUCAUAAUUUACUUGUCGGUGGUGGGGGCACUGCUGCUUUACAUGGCUUUCCUUGUGCUGGUGGACCCUCUGAUCCGGAAGCCAGAUGCUUAUACCCAGCCCCUGCACAAUGAGGAGGAGAAUGAGGACGCUCGCUCCUUGGCCGCAGUCCCCACCCCAUCUGGUGCUAGAGCCAACACGGUGUUGGAGAGGGUGGAGGGGGCCCAGCAGCGCUGGAAGCGCCAAGUGCAGGAGCAGAGGAAGACAGUUUUCGACCGCCACAAGAUGCUGAGCUAGAUCUCUGCUGAGCACCACUUCCCAAGAGACAGGGUAGCUGCGCUGGUCGAGACGGACAGCGAGUCAUCCUUCGGGACAUCCGUGGUGUUUGACUGAAAGCUCUGACCCUCUCUGAUUUACCGUCUUCAUAGAGAGAAGCAGACCAAAAUGCUUGCCUCUGGUUUUGUCCCCCUGCCCUUUACCUCUCAGCCCAGAGGCUCCCUAACCCUUGCCCGGCCGAGGUCUGCGCUGAUCGUUAGCCCCGUGGCUGCAUGUGAACGGUCGUAGGCAGCGCUGUGCCCGGCUCAGGGGCUGGCUCGAGCGGCGGCUGCACUCCACACCCUGCGACCCCUGCUCGGCCAGCCCACCCCCGCAUCGGAGACAGGGGUCUGGGUACGGAGCAUUGGGAGCUGGCUGAGUCUUCUGGGAUAAAAGUAGUGGGAUGAUUUUUUUGGUGGGAUAAAUUAUGUGGCGCUCCUCUGGGAUGAAGAAGCCGCCGCCUCCUCCAGUUUGCACCGAUGUUAACUGGGUGUCGCAGUGCGUUGCCCUGGUGGGAGGGGGGGGGUCGGGGGGAGACUCCCUGCCAGUGCUCAGCUGCUGCUUGCACUUAUCCUGGUGUAAACAGAGUGGGUUUCCACUCUCUUCAGUGGAGUCCAUUCAGAUUUACACCAGCAUAACUGAGACUGCAGCUUGUUUCUGUGUAAGUGAAUAUCACAAAACUGAUUAGUAUAUUCACAAGUAAGAGACCAACAGGUAAAAGGUUCAUGUACAUUUAUGUCUCUUCCUGCUUUAGCAGUGGAUAAAAACAUACUGAGGAGAAAGCUCUCUGUUUAUACCCAUGUUGGUAACCCUUGAUGCUCUCACAGUGUGGUCAGGAGCAUUGGUGUCCAAGAGAACGGGAGCAAAGGCUUCUACUGGAACACUGUAAACACUUCUCUGGGUGUUGGGGCCCUGCAAAGGGGACACUUGUGCUGCUCAAAACACUCCGAGAGCUCUGACUGCAUUGGGCUGGGUGGAGGAGGCUGAAGGGAUUCCGCACUGUGUGUAUUGAUCCCACUGAGAACACUCACAAUGUCAGGAAGGUGCUGGAGUUAAUCAUGUAGCAUCUCUGUAUUAAAUGCAGACAAAGAUCUA